UCAGUUCUCUCAAGCCAUCUCACCUACAGCAACAACAACAACUCCAGUCUGAGCAGCGCAAUGGCGGCAACCACUAUGUCCCUCUCUUCCUCGGCAUUCACCGGUAAGGCGGUGAAGAACGUGCACGCCACGGCUCUCUUCGGCGAGGCUCGUGUCACCAUGCGCAAGGCCGCGGCGAAGGCAAAACCAGCUGCCUCGAGCAGUCCAUGGUAUGGCGCCGAUCGUGUGCUCUAUCUUGGCCCACUAUCCGGUGAGCCCCCAAGCUACUUGACAGGUGAGUUCCCCGGUGAUUAUGGGUGGGAUACCGCCGGCCUCUCGGCCGACCCCGAGACCUUCGCCAAGAACCGCGAACUGGAGGUGAUCCACUCUCGGUGGGCCAUGCUCGGCGCGCUCGGUUGCGUCUUUCCUGAGUUGCUCGCCCGUAAUGGAGUCAAGUUUGGCGAGGCCGUUUGGUUCAAGGCUGGCUCCCAAAUCUUCAGUGAGGGCGGCCUUGACUAUCUUGGCAACCCUAGUCUCGUGCACGCUCAGAGUAUCCUGGCCAUCUGGGCUGUCCAAGUUGUGCUCAUGGGUGCCGUCGAGGGGUUCCGCAUUGCUGGCGGCCCACUCGGUGAGAUUGUCGACCCACUUUACCCUGGAGGCAGCUUUGACCCACUCGGCCUAGCCGAUGAUCCCGAGGCAUUCGCGGAGCUCAAGGUGAAGGAGCUCAAAAACGGCCGCCUCGCUAUGUUCUCCAUGUUCGGCUUCUUUGUGCAGGCCAUCGUUACCGGUAAGGGCCCACUCGAGAAUCUCGCUGACCAUAUCGCCGACCCUGUCAGCAACAACGCCUGGGCAUUCGCCACCAAUUUUGUGCCCGGAAAGUAAGGCACCGCCUUUUGUUGCAGCAGCGAGCUGUGGGGUGGUGUGAUAUGUAGCACUACCAUGAUGUAAAUUACAAGGAUGCGUGGAAAAGCAUUGUUUGGUUCGUCCA